GCUGUGACGCCGGCAGGAACCCAUGUGUUUACCGUGAACCGGGGAAGAACGAGACCUGAAGCAGCUAGCAGGGAGGUCUCAGUGUUUCUACAGCUUAGAAAAACCCAACGUAAACCUGCUUUUGCUUCUUUACGCCUGAGGAUAUCUUUCGAAAUGUCUUCGUUCAGGAAAGCGUUGAAAUCCAAACAGAGAAACCACCAUGAAAGAUCUCAGCCUGUUUUCAGGAAACAUUUGGGAUUGCUGGAGAAGAAGAAAGACUACAAACUUCGUGCAGAUGACUACCACAAGAAACAAAACACUCUCGCUGCCCUGCGAAAGAAAGCUCUGGAGAAGAACCCAGAUGAGUUUUACUUUAAAAUGAUCAGCUCUAAGCUGGAGGAUGGAGUUCACGUACCAAAAAAAGGGGACCAGGAGGUGGAGAUGACAGAGGAGCAGAAGAAAGUGAUGAGGACGCAGGACAUCAAAUAUGUGGAGAUGAAAAGAGUUGCAGAGGCUAAGAAAAUUGAGAGGCUGAAAGGAGAGCUCCAUCUUCUGGAUGCAGACAGCAAACAAAAAAACAAGCAUACAUUUUUUGUGGACUCCAAGAAAGAAGUGCAUUCAUUUGACCUGGCAAGGCACCUGAAAACAGCUCCUGAGCUGGUGGACCGAGUGUACAACAGGCCAACUCUGGAAACUCUGGAGACAAAGACCAUCCAGGGAACUGUAGAGCCUCGCAGUUUGAUGAAAAUGGCCAAGCAGCGGAAACACCAGUAUAAGAUCCUCUCCCAGAGGAUCGACAGAGAAAAGAAAAUGUUUGUAAUCAGCCAGAAGAUUCAGACCCGCAAAGACCUACAGGAUAAGAACAAGAAAGUUAAGGUAAAAAAGGAGACACCCAACGCUGCAGCCAUCUACAAGUUUGAGCCCAAAAGGAAACGCUGAGAGGAGAGAAAUCACCAGACCAGUGGAAUAACGGACUUCUACAUCAAUCCAUGAUCCCACAUGUGAUCACUCUCCAUUUCUGAAAUAUUGUUGCAGUUUUGUAUAUAUUUUUUAGUUUCUUUCAAAUAAAAUCCAGAAGCACAUUCAAAUCAUAA